CUUCUGGCAAGAAAUACUUGGGGAAAUAAACUUGAAUCUUUGACACAUUCUCUGAGCUCAAGUUGAGGAGGAGUGAACAGAAAAGAUGUUGAAAUUUCAGUGAGUGAAGUGACUCGACUAAGUUACGGAGCAGGUCAGUGCAGAAGCAGAAGGGUCCAGGAGGCUCCUGACUGCCCGCCCACCAGGUUUCUCUGACAAUCAAAGAAAAAUGGAUCAUUUAAACCUUUGGAGGAUUCAGUUAUCACAAUACUUCUGUACUACCAACUAAGAUUUAUGACAGCAAACUUAUGGCAAUAAAUUCCUGCAUUUUAGAACUGCUGAAGAACUAAAAAAAAAAAAGAUAUUCUUUCAUAAAAAUAAUUCUGUGAUAUAUUACUAAGUAAAACUAAAAAGCACAGUUAUUAAAUUAUUAAACUUGCUAAUAUAAGCACACAUGUGCAGCAACUACUGUAUCCUGAUAGUUACCAAACCUCAAAUUUAGAUGGUUUUCCUUCAUAGAAGACACUAUAUUUGCAAGAAAGCACUGAACAGUAUCAUUAGAUAUAUUUCCAGUUAAAUAUCAUUUACAAGGAUUUUCUCUAAACAAGUUCUAGAAAGUCCCAAGUCCCACCACUGAGUGGACUUGAUAAUAUGGCAGCAACUUACAGACUUGUGGUUAGUACUGUGAACCACUACAGCAAUGUGGUGAUAGACCGGCGUUUUGAGCAAGCUAUACAUUAUUGCACUGGAACCUGCCACACUUUCACCCAUGGAGUUGACUGUAUUGUGGUACAUCAUAGUAUUUGUGCAGAUCUCUUGCAUAUCCCUGUGUCUCAGUUCAAAGAUGCGGAUCUGAACUCUGUGUUUCUACCCCACGAAAAUGGACUUUCCUCAGCUGAAGGUGACUAUUCCCAUCAGGCCCUCCUUGCAGGCAUACCCAAGGUCAAGAGAGGUUCUGCAUUUCAGAAUACCUGUAACUUAAAGGACAUUGCAGGAGAAGCCAUCAGUUUUGCCAGUGGAAAAAUCAAAGAAUUUUCCCUUGAAAAACUGAAAAACUCUAACCAUGCAGCUUAUAAAAAGGGAAGGAAAGUUAAAUCUGACUCAUUUAAUAGGAGAUCUGUUGAUUUUGAUUUGCUCUGUGGUCAUUAUAACAAUGAUGGGAGUUCCCCAUCCUUUGGUUUACUCCGGAGUUCCUCGGUUGAGGAAAAAUCUUUGUCCCAUAGAAACUCACUUGAUACAAAUCUGACUUCAAUGCUUCUUCAAAAUUUCUCUGAAGAAGACCUGGUUACUCAGAUUUUAGAAAAACAUAAAAUAGAUAAUUUUUCUUCUGGAACAGAUAUAAAGAUGUGCUUAGACAUCUUGCUAAAAUGCUCUGAGGAUUUGAAGAAAUGCACAGACAUCAUCAAACAGUGCAUAAAGAAAAAAUCAGGGAGUGGCGUCAAUGAAGGAAGUGGUAAUGAUGCAGUGUCUAGCUCUGAAACUAUCUAUGUGAAUGUAAUGACCCGGUUAGCCUCCUAUCUGAAAAAAUUACCAUUUGAAUUCAUGCAGCCAGGGAAUAAUGAAGCUAUAGAUUUAACAGAACUGGUCAGUAAUAUGCCUAGCUUACAGUUGACUCCAUUCUCUCCAAUAUUUGGUAUUGAACAGCCCCCUAAGUAUGAAGAUGUUGUCCAGUUCUCAGCUCCUGCUUCUAAACAGUUUCAGACUAUUGGAUUGCAAGAUGACAAGCAUAAUUCUAGGAGAAUGGACACUGAAAAAUCCAUUCCAAAUAACUCCACAAAUUCCUUGUAUAACUUAGAGGUAAAUGAUCCCAGAACUCUAAAAGCUAUCCAGCUUAAAUCACAGUCAUUAACCACAAACCCUUCAGAAAAUGUCUCUUCUGUUGACUUAAUGGAAACUCUUUAUAUUGAAGAAGAGUCAGAUGGAAAGAAAGCAUUAGAUAAAGAACAAAGGAAAGAGAAUGGACCUAGUCAGGAACUGUUAAAGGUAAAUGAACAGAGAGCAGAAUCAUCUGAUCAUGAUGCUCAUCUCAAAAAAUGUCCUGCUUUGGUGCAAAAUGAAAUCAGUAAGAUAUUUGAGAAACCAGUUGUUCAUCUUCCUAUGGAAGACUGUAAAUCAAAAGUUUCUAAAGUUAAAGAAGACCAGAGAGAUUUUAUGAAUCAUAAUAGUCAGGAAGAGAUAGAUAAAUUGUUGAUGGAUUUGGAGUCUUUUUCACAGAAGAUGGAAACCUCUCUAAAAGAGCCACUUGCCAAAGGUAAAAACUCUAAUUCUUUAACUGGGAUCCCCGUAGAUCUUGACCCUAAAUCUAAAGUCUCUUCACCCGUGGAAAAAGUCUCACCUUCUUGUCUAACAAGGAUUAUUGAAACCAAUGGACAUAAAAUAGAGGAAGAAGACCGAGCCCUUUUAUUGAGAAUUCUAGAAAGCAUUGAAGACUUUGCUCAAGAAUUAGUUGAAUGCAAAUCAGGCAGAGGGAGUCUUUCACAAGAAAAGGAAAUGAUGCAAAUUCUACAGGAAACCUUGACAACUUCCUCCCAGGCCAAUUUAACAGUCUGUAGAAGUCCUGUUGGUGAUAAAGCCAAAGAUGCUACUUCAAUGGUUUUGAUUCAGCAGACCCCAGAGGUGAUCAAGAUACAAAAUAAACCGGAAAAGAAAUCUGGAACAUCACUUCCACCUUCAGCCACCUUUCCAAGUAGUCCCCAACCUCUCUCCUCUGUUCCUCAUGUGAAUAAUGUGAAUAUACCAUUGUCCAUAAACAUUCCACGGUUCUACUUUCCUGAAGGACUCCCAGAUACCUGCAGUAACCAUGAACAGACUCUAAGCAGAAUUGAAGCUGCUUUCAUGGAUAUUGAAGAUCAGAAGGCAGACAUUUAUGAAAUGGGGAAGAUUGCAAAGGUCUGUGGCUGUCCUCUCUACUGGAAAGCCCCCAUGUUCAGGGCUGCAGGGGGAGAAAAGACGGGAUUUGUGUCAUCACAGUCAUUCAUUGCCAUGUGGAGAAAGUUGCUGGAUAACCAUCACGAUGAUGCCUCUAAGUUCAUCUGUCUUCUAGCAAAGCCCAGCUGUAGCUCUCUAGAACAGGAAGAUUUCAUCCCUUUACUUCAGGAUGUGGUAGAUACACACCCUGGCCUUACGUUCCUGAAAGAUGCUCCAGAAUUCCACUCCCGGUAUAUCACCACGGUUAUUCAGAGAAUAUUCUACACAGUUAACAGAUCUUGGACUGGAAAAAUUACUUCGACAGAAAUAAGAAAAAGCAACUUUUUGCAAACUCUAGCCCUUUUGGAAGAAGAGGAAGAUAUAAACCAAAUCACAGAUUACUUCUCCUAUGAACAUUUCUAUGUCAUUUACUGUAAAUUCUGGGAGCUAGAUAGUGAUCAUGACCUCUACAUCAGCCAGGCUGAUCUGUCCCAGUACAACGACCAGGCUUCAUCAAGCAAAAUUAUUGAAAGGAUAUUCUCGGGGGCAGUAACAAGGGGAAAAGCAGUACAGAAAGAGGGAAGAAUGAGCUAUGCAGAUUUUGUUUGGUUUUUGAUCUCUGAGGAAGACAAAAGGAACCCCACCAGCAUCGAGUAUUGGUUCCGCUGCAUGGACGUGGAUGGAGAUGGCGUUCUCUCUAUGUACGAGCUGGAGUAUUUCUACGAAGAGCAGUGUGAACGGAUGGAAGCCAUGGGUAUUGAGCCCUUGCCAUUCCAUGAUUUGCUGUGCCAGAUGCUUGACCUUGUGAAGCCAGCCAACGAUGGGAAAAUAACUCUUCGAGAUCUCAAGAGGUGCAGAAUGGCUCACAUCUUCUAUGACACUUUCUUUAAUCUGGAGAAAUACUUAGACCAUGAACAGAGAGAUCCCUUUGCGGUCCAGAAGGACGUUGAGAACGAUGGGCCUGAGCCCUCCGACUGGGACCGGUUCGCUGCCGAGGAGUACGAGACUCUCGUUGCAGAGGAGUCUGCCCAAGUGCAGUUCCAGGAAGGCUCCCUUGAAGAUUAUGAAACAGAUGAACCUGCCUCACCUUCUGAAUUUGGAAACAAAGGCAGUAAAACAGUAACCACAAGCCUUCCAGAGAAAUGUGGGACUCUUCAGUCCGUGGAUGAAGAGUAGCUGCCAACAUCUAUGUAAAAGGACAAAGUGUGUUUUUCUUCCGAAGAGAUGCUCAAGUUUGCAUUCUGCUUUUUAAAGGCUUUGAUUUAUCCAAGUGUGUAUCUGCACUAGGAACUUUAAAAGUAUUUAGGCAAUAGCUCUGGAUACACUAGGAGAUCAGUCCAAUUUGCCUCAAACUCCCUGCAGAGCUCUUCCUUGAACGUGCAUGACGUGCCAUCACCUUCAAAAUCUGCAAAUCAAUAUUCAACACCGCUGAAUUACCAAGGAUCUCUUAGGGACAGUGUCAAGCAAAGUUCUCUGCACAGAAGCAGAAGUUGCCUCAGUGUUGGCCAGUAUCACUGAGGCCCACUCAGAGCUCCCAUGGAGCCUAGAAGAAAUCUUCAUUUGCAGAAAACUUGAGUCAAAAAAUUCUGUGACUUGAAAAAGCAGUAUAAGGGCUUCCAGAAUUGACUGAGCCCUAGUAAUAAAAGCACUGCCAAAACAUCUCAGAGACUUCUUUUAAAUAUUAUGUAUGUGUACUGGAGUUCAAAGAUCUUGAACUUACUUGGCUUAAUGUAAUUUUACAAUGACCUGCCAAACUGCUAGUCACUUUACAUCCUCAGGAACCGUAACCACUGGGCCUUCCAACUUUGCUAGCAAGCCUGUCAACCUCCCAAUCUAAAGAAAAAAAUUUCUCAAAUGAACACAAAUACAGAAUUUGACUCAUACUUAAAAGACCUUUUUAUCUAACAUCUAUGGAAAACUUGAUUUAUUAAUAUUCAAAUUAGUUGAUGCACCAUCUUCACUUCCUAUCAGAAGGCCUACUUGGAGAGGUAAUGAUGAUAAUAAAUACUAGACUAGGCCAAAAGUCAAGGCUUAACCUAAUCUUUCCUUCACAUUGGAAAGAAACUCAUUUUUCAUCUAUUUCAUUUACUCCAGUGUUUAUCACAGAAUUUAAAAACAAUGGUGCGCCCAUAAAAGACAACUGUUGUUUCCUGCAGUGGCAGGUAUGCUCAUUAUAGAAUCAUACAUUAUGUUUUUUAGGAACCCAAGUGCAGCCAAACUCUAUAAUAUCCUUGAAAAGAAACUUUUUUAAUGGACAGUUCUCAAAUAGGUAAAAACUCUCUAGUAACUUUCAGUCAUCAAAUUUUCCUCCAUAAUUUUUUUUAAUUACAAUCCUAAAAGUGUCACUUCAGUCCCUCCUUUUGGUGGUAUAAAGGACAUACAUUGAAAUAAUCAAACUUUGGGCUAUGGUUGCCAAAUAGUGGAGAAAAGGAGAAUUUAGGAAAUGUACCAUCAACUACUACAGUAAAAUUUGCUUGCCACAAAUCUUCCCAGUUUCCCUUUUUGUAAUCUUCAUGAUUAGAACUAAUCUUCUAUUUAACUGUCAAAGCGAUAAGACUAUUACAACUAAUAGUUCACAGAAAAGAAUAAAACUAAAUUUUUAAGAAACACUGUAUACAGUAACUUACACACACUGAUAACUUAGGAUUAUUUAUGUGAUACAUGAAAUUCAGCAUCAAUCCUAUACAGCCUUUACUAGAAAAGGAAAGCAACAACUUUAUUUCAGGGAGAAAUAUAAAAAAGGUAGUAUGUGUAGAGGCCAAAUUUGGUUAAAAGGUUUUUUUAUUAAUAAUGAUCUAACCUGUUUCUAAGAGUCAACAAAAAAAAGAAAAUAAAAUUCAGUGUUGAUACACUUUUUCUCUUA